AGUAAAAGUAUGAGUGCUACGACACGGGAAAGCGCGCUUUCAAAGAAAUGCGGACGUCCGCUCCAGUAGGUGGAACUUCGGUUCUACUAACUAACGAGGAGAAUUCCGUAUUAUAUUCAUUGUUUGGAACUGGUUGCGAUUCAUUAGCUUCCGCUGUGGUACGCUAUUUCAAAGGUGAAAAUGAAUCGAAUUGGGUGCUUAAAGGUUGUGGCGUUGUAUGUUGUAUCAAGGACAAAAAUUAUAAGGAUUAUUUCAUCAGAAUAUACGAUGUGAUUAGGAGAAUUCCUCUCUUAGAGCAAAGAUUAUUUUUGGAAAUGGAUUAUACUGAGGAACUAAAAUGCUUUCACGUAUUGCAGUCAGAUGAUGGGCCAGUUGGACUUGCUUUCGCAUCUCUUGAGGAGGCUAAACAUUUUGCACAUACAGUAAAUGGUCGUUUAAGAUCUAUGCGUGCAGCUGCUAUUGAGAAGCCUUCAUCGAAUCUACAUACUGUUGGUUCUCAACCAAUCGUGCAAGCUGGCAUCUAUAGUUUAAAUCCGACAAAAUUGUCUGAUCAAGGAGUUACGUCUAUAAGGGGCAAAACAAAAUCUAAAGGAAAAAAGCAGAAGCUUACAUCAAAAGAUAUCAGUAAUCCUUCAAAUUUUCGUCAUAUUGAACAUGUUGGUUAUGACAGAGAAGCCAAGACAUUUGAUAUAUCUUCACAAGAAAGCGCAAUCAUGCGCAACAUACUGCGUGCUAUUGGACGUGAAGAUGCUAUGAAUAUACCAAGCGAACGAACGUUUGUUUACAAUUUCGCCCGUGAACAUGGUGGUUUGGAAGAGAUACAACGACAACUGACCGGUUCUCAGAGUGAUAGACGUAACAUGCCAGCUACUAAUGUUCCCCCCCCUAGACCACCACCACCUCCACCACCCUCCGCACCCCGUCGACAAAAUCUUGGUUCUGUUACACCUUCCCAGUCGGUUACAAUACAACACCCACCCCCACCACCCGUUCCACAAGUAGCUCCUAAGCCAGUCGCACCACCACCACCUAUUCUGCCUGCACCCCCUCUUUAUGAAAUCCCUGCUCCACCGCCACCACCUCCCCCACCCAUAUUCCCGAGUCCCGUAGCUGCUCCUCCACCACCUCCUCCAGCAUGUCCCACCACUGGGGCUGAGAAAGAAUGCACAUCAAAUGCUCCUGCAAAGUCUACGACAGGUCUUACUGUUGAUCUUCAAUCACAGAUUAUGUCCUUUCAAAAAAGCAACCUACGUAAGAUUACACCUGGUGAAGGUGUGUCUAGGCCACCUGUGAAACCUAGUAAUAGCAAUAGUGGAAGUAGUAGUACUGGCGCAAAUCCAACUGCCAGUGGAGGAGGAUUCGAUUUAUUACAAUCACUUGCUCAAGCAAUGGAAAUGCGACGUAACCGAAUGUGUAGUAAUGAUAGUGGAGAAGAAUCUGAUGCCAAUUCUGUACCAGGUGAUAUUGGCUCAGAUGGCUCAGACUGGGAGACAUGAAUCAAUAAAAAGAGAAAAAAUAAGCUAACAUCCGAUUAAUUUGUUAUUAAUUUGUUUACCAUAUGCUUUCAUUAAUAUUGAUCUUUUCCUAAUGAAAUUCAAUAACUUUUUUUUGUGUAUUGUUUUACUCACUUUUUUUUCUGGUAAUCAAAUUAUUAUUUCUACUUCUAUAGAGUCAUACACAGAUGGAAUUUUCUUUGCACUGUUUUUUUAUUCAUUGAGCUUGGUCAAAGUGCCUUAAUUUUUUUCUCUGUCCUAAAAAUUACACACAUGUUUAGCACGUUUUUAAUAAGUAAAAAGCACUGUGCAUAUCUUUUCAUAAAUCAUUUCGGAACAAAUCACUGUUAUUUUUCUAUGUCUUAUCUUUUAUCACAACUGUGUGGCUGUUAUUUAGUAUGGGGUUCGUAUUGACAUUUAUUAUUAACAUUAAUGGUAGUAUUAUCAUUGUUAAGCGAUGUUAUGGUAGUAUAGUAAACUGAUACAGUUUAACCCAAUUAUGGAUAAUAAUAUUAGAUUCUUUUUUGACCAAAAAGACUGACAUUCCUCUGUCAUCAUCAUCAUUUGUAUAGUAAUAGUAAUAAUGCUAGUAAUAUGAAUUACUAUAAUAUACCUAUUGUCACUAUUAUAAGUAGUGAUAGAAUUUCAAUUACAUAAUUGUUGACAAAGAUUCACUAACACUACUACACAAUACACCUUUAUAUUAACAAUACUUUGUACUAUAGAAUAGAUGGAAUGUGGCUAGCAGUGGUUUGAAGAACGCGUGUUUUAAAAAUGUCAACAACAAGAUGGUCUAAUCGAUUUCAAAUUGAAUUAAAUACUUUGUACUGUUUGAAUAAAAGGAAGAGGAAAUUAAGAAAAGACUGGAAGUGGAUAGGAUAUAAAUUACGGCAAUCAUCAAAAUGUAUCGUGAGGCAAACCCUAACUUGGAAUCCUGAAGGGAAGCGGAUAAGAGGAAGGCUGAUGAACACACUGCGUCAAGAAUUGGAAGCAGAUAUGAAAAGAAUGAAUAGCAAUUGGAGAGGAUUGCCCAGGACAAAGUUGGAUGGAGAAUGCUUGUAGAUGGCCUAUGCUCUACUAUUAAGGGGUAACAAGCGUAACUAAGUAUGGUUUUCACCGCACUUUGUAAUCAACUGGAGAGGACAUUUAUAAAUCGUAGAGCAUUGAACCAAAUACAAAAAUUAAACUAAAAUAUUUGCUUUGAAAUGUAUUAUCAGCCUAUCGCGUAUUAAACGAACUAAUGAAGUUUUGCUCAUUGGAUAAAUUGUAUUGUAGUCACUGUUAAAUUUGAAAGUGUGUCAUUCACUUAUGAAUUAUAGGUGUCUAAUUCUGAAAAAUUUUGAAUUGGAGUACAUCCUAGUUUCCAAUAGUUUUCAUGUCUCAUGUUAGCUAGUGAUGAAAAAGGCUUCCAAUAACCUGAAGUCAUUGAUAUAAACCAUGUACAGUCUUGUAUUUAUAUCCAUUGAAUCAUUUUUGUAACUAGUUCCUUUCAUCUAGACUGUAUUCAUCAUCAGUCUGUACAUCCUAUACAACAAUGUGACUGGUAUUUCAGCUGAAGAAGCUUAUCAAAUUUAACAAAUUAAUUUCUAAUACGUUCGACGAAAAAAGUAUCAAUAACCGAAGAGCACUGAGCAACUGACUCCUAGCUUGCUACUUCCCACUAGUACUCACUAAAUUACGUAAAUCAAACCUCGGUAUUUUGUGGAUCAUGAUACCCUCAGAUCAUUAAGUUGGAAAUUUAUAAUGUACAUUUCCAACUUCAGUCAAUCCACGAUACAGUAUGCCUGUCACCUGAUGCUGUCCGUAAUAAUUAUUCCUCCCUCCAUUCGGUUGGACACUGUCGGUUACUGGUCACCCUCGAAAAUUGGGAAAUUUUAUCUCGAAAUUCAUUGACAGAUAUACGACUAUUAUUUGGGUAUUUGAUCUUAAGGAGGAUAAACUAAUAACAUUCGCUUCUACUUAAGUAUAUCUAGUAACUGGGAAGAACAACGUUUUUCAUGACGUAAAUGGAAAAUACAAUGAAAGCAUUUAUUUGUCAAAUUUACUACGAUUUCUUCUACUCACUGACUGCAAUUUCUGGUUUUUAACGACCAGUGUGAAUGCGGAUAGAACAAAAUAGUUCCCAUUCUUAGUUCUUCCGCGACUAAAUUGUUUAUCAGAGCGCAGAAUGUACAGCUAAACAUCCUACCGUCUUAUCAAUGUUCGUAGCUUUAAUUAGUUUUUUUAUUACCACCCAACCUCAAACAGUACUUAUUUCAAAUAAAUUCAUCAUACGGUUCUAAUCAUGAUUUGAAAUAAAUUAUGAUACAUCGACAGGGAGUAAGUUGGAAGUAAGCUAGAGGGGGUUAAAUUAAAACAGCAUCAGCAUAUGAAGUCGUUGGGUGUUGAUCUGGGUCAUAUUGAUGGGUACAGACUACCUGGUUAUAGUCUUCGCGAUGAUAUUGCCCGCGAAUGUAUUUACUGUUUAUCCUUAGAUUUUGAGUUCCACUAAUCCUUCAUUCAUUCCUUUUCAUUUCGUCUUUACGAAAUAUAUUCUCAACUUUUAAUUUUCUCACUGUCUUUACUGCUAUGAGUAUUUCGCUCCUUUAGCAUUCACCUCAUCAUACCAGUGUGAUAUGGCAACUUGGACCAAUGCUCAUUUGUGCCAGGAUUUACGCUGACUGGGAAAUCUUCGUACUUUCUGAUCUAGAAUCCAAAGGUCACAUCUUUAGCACAGUUAUUAAUUUUCAAAUGUGAGAAGAUAAUGGUGUACAUCGCUACAAUAAAAAUGAUUUCAAGACAAUAAAAUCGUUCGGUAUAUAGAAAAUCGUGGUUAAUAUUUGUGCUUCUCGUCGCAUCCAUCUUGUGUUGAAGAGAUGUGAAUUUGUCGUUUUUAUUCAUUCACUGUAAAAGAUAUCACAAUUUUACGAAAACAUAUGAUUGGUAAACGAUGAUAAACUGCACUCAUUCUUUUUAUUCACUUAAAUUACGGUUGUAUUGGUUCAAGAUUCGAUGUCCGAAUUCAAUAUGGUAAGUAAAAUGAUAUCAGGCAAACAUUAAUUAUCUUUUUGAGCGAAAAAUCAAAUAGUGUUUAACAUAAAUCUGAAUCAUGUUGUAUAUAAGAUGGUGUUCAUGGACUAUUUUACAGAAAUACAUUAUCUAGAACGGGUGAGUACAUAGGUGGUACAUCAGUUGAGCAUUUAAGUUAUUUAUCGAGUUACUUUGGCCAUGAUGAACCACUAGCUGAUAAAAUCAUAAGAACACAAAUUAUGAGGAUCAAAAUAAUCUUUAAGGCAUAAUGACGACUGACAUAGCCACUGAGUAACUUAUGUAGACUAGUUGUUAUCUAUUCAAGAGUUUUGUUAACCUAAUCUAAAUUACGUGAUGGAUCCAUUGCGCUUCAUUUGAAAGACUAGCUCAGUUAAAAGUAUAUCGUUAGUAGUCUCGGGAUAGCCAGAAUUAACGUUGAGCGAACUUACUCAUUUGGUGUCUAUCGGUCUGAAUCUAUCUACCGUUUGGUAGUAGCGUUCAAGGUAUUACGAAUUAAUGACUGAAUAAUGCAGGUGACUAAAUUCUAAAUAAAAAUAACUAUAGUACACAUAUACGUAAAUCUUUAGCCCAAUUACUUUCUGCCUAGUUAUUAUGUAUCAACAAAUAUUCUGUUACUUACUACGUUGAUUUUCUGUUAUUACGGUUGUCUGACUUAUAAAAAUUUUAAUCAGUAUACCGCUUUAUGAUGUUUUAGUAUGGUAUGCUGACAUGACAGUAAGAUAUUGGGUCUUACAUUGAAGGAUACCUUUUUUAAUUAUGUACAGUUAAUUAAAUAUUCAUAUUUUACUAUUCAAAUAUGUAUUUAGUU